GUCCAUUCCUUUGCUGUACAUCAGAGCAAUUUAUCUGCAUACAGAAAUGGAGUAAUGUGUGAAGACAGCUGGCAAAUUAAAGAUGUUAAUGACCUAAGCUCUGUGCUGAAAUAAGAUUAAUUGGACCUAAGCUCUGUGCUGAAAUAAGAUUAAUUGGACUGCAAGUGCCAUCUUAGGGUAACCCAAAUCUCUUACUGGAACCAUGAAAGUUUUGCUGGUGUUUGACUUCGACAAUACAAUCAUAGAUGACAAUAGUGACACCCGGAUUGUACAGUGUGCUCCAGACAAAAAGCUUCCCAUGGAACUGCAAGAUUCUUACCAGAAGGGGUUCUGGACAGAAUUUAUGGGCAGAGUCUUUAAGUAUCUGGGAGAUGAAGGGGUGAACGAGGAUGAAAUGAGAAGAACAGUGAUAUCCAUGCCUUUCACUUCAGGGAUGGUGGAGCUUUUCAGCUUUCUAAGGAUGAAUAAGGAUAAAUUUGAUUGCAUCAUUAUUUCAGAUUCAAACUCAGUCUUCAUAGAUUGGGUUUUAGAAGCUGCUGAUUUUCAUGAUGUCUUUGAUAACGUGUUUACUAAUCCAGCAGCUUUUGAUAACAGUGGUCGUCUCACAGUGAAAAAUUGCCAUGCUCAUUCUUGCAAUAGGUGUCCAAAGAACCUUUGCAAAAAUGCAGUUUUGGUAGAAUUUAUAGAUAAACAGUUAGAGAAGGGAGUGAGAUAUUCACGGAUUGUUUAUAUAGGAGAUGGUGGAAAUGAUGUCUGUCCAGUUACCUUUUUAAGGAAAAAUGAUGUUGCCAUGCCACGGAAAGGGUAUACUCUACAUAGGACUCUUGCCAGAAUGUCUCAAAAUCUUGAGCCUAUGGAAUCUGCUGUUGUAGUUUGGUCUUCAGGUGUUGAAAUAAUUUCUCAUUUACAAUUUCUAAUAAAGGAGUAAUGUGCCAACCA